GAAUGUGAAGUCACACAUACUUAGGUAUGUGUGGAUUACAGCAGGCAAGCAGUUACUCGUACGGGGAUUACAAAACCACAUAAAGUCCACAUUCGGUUUUCGUGACACGGAGAUAAAAUGAUAAACAGAAGGAAGAAAUCAUACAGAGUCGUAAAGUACACGUUAUUCGUGUGCUGCUACAUCUUCUGGGUUUUCAGUGCUGUUCUUAUUGCUGUUGGAGUCUACGCGAAAGUUGCCAAGGAGUCAGAUGUGGUGGACACACUGUUCACAGAUCCGGCGCUGUUGUUGAUCAUUGUGGGCUGUCUCAUGUUCACCAUCACUUUAUUUGGCUGUUUCGGAGCGCUGCGCAACAUCUCUGUGCUGCUGAACAUUUUUAUAGGAAUAUUACUGAUCAUUCUUCUGAUGCAAAUAACUGCUGCUGUGUUGUGCCUGAUGUUCACUGACAAGGUACAAGAAAGAACAGAGCGACUGAUGAUAAAGGCGAUUGUGCGCUAUCGAGAUGACCAGGACUUAGAAAAUGUUAUUGAUUUUGUACAGAAAAAGUUCCAGUGCUGUGGGGUGAAUUCCUAUUCUGACUGGUCUAAAAAUAUAUAUUUCAACCUUUCUGACCAUAACCCCAGUCUGGAGGCCGGUGGUGUUCCCUUCUCCUGCUGUAAACGGCUCAAAAAUGAGACUGUGUUUAACACCAUGUGCGGUUAUGGGACCCAAAAGAUGAAACAAAAUCCGGCCAGUCGAAUCAUCCACACCAUUGGCUGUCUGGAUAAGAUCAUAGGGUGGGGAAAACAAAACCUUCUGUUGGUGGGAGGGAUGACCCUCGUCCUCCUUUUCCUCGAGAUAUGUAUGAUGUCAUUGGCUGCGGUACUGCUCCGUCAAAUCGGAAAUGUUCAAAAGAGGAAGAGGAAAACCGACACAAGCCGAAACCUUUGCUGCAAGAGAAGGUCUUGACCGUUUUUUGUUGUUUUUAUACACCCAUCUGUUCCUACAGAGAUUUAAUGAUUGUGCCACAUCAUUAUAACAUUAUAACAAGUUAUAACAUGUUAACAAUUAGAUGUGAAUGUACGUCUUUUAUGAGAGUUACUAAGCCAAAAGCUGUAAUAACAGAAAAAAAAUAAAACUACCAAUAUUUUUUGUACUGGGAAAAGCCAUUGUUAAUAGUAUUUGUCAUGUUAAUAAAAUAUAUUUUACAACGUU